CGCUUGUUAUCAAAUGUGCACACGCCCCUCUCGAAGGGACCCUGGGCCCUGACUACUAAGCAAGCCUGAAGGCUUCACAAGCUAAGCUCGAGCGAGCUUUACCUCGCCGGCGGAAGGAAUAGCCUUCGCAAGCAGUGGCCCUGUGGAGCUGGUAAUCGGGGAGCUGAUUAACGCAUUUCAGGAAUUGGAUCGAAAAGCGAUUGCAAUGCAAAAGCUCGCCUAACUUUUGCACGACUAGAUGGAUAGGCCAGAGAUGGAGGCAGAAACGGGCUUGAUAAAUAAGAAAUGUGUGACAGUUCACUCCACUGACUCAGCUCAGACCAGCUGCCUUUUGGUCUCUUCGCUCCCAGUCAUGUCUCCUGGAGUGAUUCUUCUGGCCAUAAUGCAGACAGGAACAAAAAUAUGAGGUAUGUCAGCACUCGAGGAAGAGCUGGAAGUGUUGAUUUUGAAGGUGCUCUCUUAUCGGGUUAUGCAAGGGAUGGAGGCCUUUUCAUGCCUCAAAAAAUCCCAGUUCUGGACUGUGCCACACUUAAAAAAUGGAGUACCUUCUCUUACCCGGAACUGGUGAAACAAUUGUGCUCUAUCUUCAUCUCUCCUGAACUCAUUCCAAAAGAAGAGUUGAAUGACCUGAUUGAUAGAGCGUUCAGCAGGUUCAGACACAAAGAUGUUGUUAAUCUGUCAAGACUGAAGAAUGGCUUGAAUGUUUUGGAGCUUUGGCACGGUGUGACGUAUGCCUUUAAGGAUCUGUCCUUGUCCUGCACAGGGCAGUUCCUACAAUACUUCCUGAAGAAAAAGAAGAAGCAUGUCACAAUUCUAGUGGGGACUUCAGGAGAUACUGGCAGUUCAGCAAUUGAAAGUGUCCGAGGUGAAAAGAAUUUAGACAUAUUUGUUCUGCUGCCACAUGGUCUCUGCAGCCAAGUGCAAGAACUGCAGAUGACAACAGUGAUUGAAGACAAUGUCCACGUGUUUGUCACUGAAGGAAACAGUGAUGAAAUUGAUGAGCCAAUCAAAGAGCUGUUUGCAGAUGAUGAUUUUUCAAGGAGACACAACCUGAUGAGUCUGAAUUCAAUCAACUGGUCCAGGAUUCUGGUGCAGAUUGCUCAUUAUUUCUAUGCUUACUUCCGCUGUGCUCCAUCUGUGGAUGCUACUCCAUUACCAGUUGUGGAAAUUGUUGUUCCAACUGGGGGAGGAGGAAAUCUCACAGCUGGAUGUCUUGCACAGAAAAUGGGGCUCCCCAUUGAUCUUGUGGCUGUGGUAAACAACAACGACAUUGUACACAGAGCUAUUCAGCAUGGGGAUCUUUCAUUGUCCAGGAACCUGAAGCCAACACUGGCUUCAGCAAUGGAUAUUCAGGAACCUUACAAUAUGGAAAGGAUCUUUUGGCUGUUCUCUGGCUCAGAUAGCAAUUUGGUCAAAAGUUUGAUGGAAGAUUUUUAUACUACUAAAACAGUUAAGCUCCCAUUAGAGUUGCAAAAGAAGCUUUCUGGAGGUCUGAGGUCUUACUCGGUCUCGGAUGAAGAAAUAGUCCGAACCAUGAGAUGCUGCUGGGAGGAGAACCACUACCUCUUGUGCCCCCAUACAGCGGUUGCUGUUUCCUACCACUAUAAACACUCCAGUUGCCAUCCAAGCAUUUGCAGAUGCUGCUUGGCUCCCGCCUCUCCUGUCAAAUUUGAAGAUGCUGUUCUUAAAGCUGAUCUCACCCUGGACAUCUCACCUGAAAUAAGUAUGCUUAAAGAUAAGGAGACCAGAUCUUGCACCCUGAAGAGAGGUGACGACUGGGCAAAACUACUGCGGCAUCAAAUAGAGGCAGUUACGAAGCAAAGAAAUCUGACCCUAAGCUGAAUAUUUGCAGCAGAUCAGCUAGAAUCACUUUGUUGCUUGCUGAAUCAAAGCCUCUUACAGCUAUGCAAGGCAUAGGGCAAUGGUAGACAUGCUGCUGCUUUUGCUAAUGAAUAAAACAGCUGUAUAAUAAUAACUGUGUAGAAUCUCUUAUUUGCUAAAAGAGAAGAGCAAUAUCAGUCUUUAAUUCUGAGAAGGGAAGUGAGUCUUGGACAACUUCGACUGUUUUAUAAACCUUAUUUUAAGUAAUAUAUUUAUAUUGGCCUCUAUUUCAUACACCUGAUAAAAUGGGCCUUCAAAAGUAUUCACGUGCACUCGAUGCAAGAUUGUGCAUUUACAGCUAUCUGUUACUGUUAUCCCUUUUUUCCCAUGUUCCACUGCAGCCUGAUGGAAUGGCUGCUUGCCAUGUGACAGGAUGGAGGGAGGAACCUUGUUUCAUAGCUGAGCUGGCGCUGGCCCUUUACAGUGAAAAACCCAUCAAAUGUGGGAUAUUCAUCAAAUACAGCUUUCUAAAAAAGUCUUAAAGCUGAUCUCACCCUGGACAUCUCACCUGAAAUAAGUAUGCUUAAAGAUAAGGAGACCAGAUCUUGCACCCUGAAGAGAGGUGACGACUGGGCAAAACUACUGCGGCAUCAAAUAGAGGCAGUUACGAAGCAAAGAAAUCUGACCCUAAGCUGAAUAUUUGCAGCAGAUCAGCUAGAAUCACUUUGUUGCUUGCUGAAUCAAAGCCUCUUACAGCUAUGCAAGGCAUAGGGCAAUGGUAGACAUGCUGCUGCUUUUGCUAAUGAAUAAAACAGCUGUAUAAUAAUAA